AUUGCUGUCAGGAAGUCAUUUUGUGUCAAAUAUUGAUGUAAUUUAUUGCUGUUUGGAAAGACAACUUACCAAGUCAGUAUAAAAAUCCAACAGUAAAGGCCAUUUUGCUUUUGUUCUUGUUGUUCCUCACAAGAUCGUCUUUUCUUUAUCUUUCUCCAUUCAUUCUAUACCAAUACCCUUUAAUAAAGAUGAUUCUUUCCUUGAAUAAGUUUAUUGGCAUAUCAUCGGCCAUUUUACUUGCAAUUCAAAGUACUCAAGCUUUCCUUGAUAAACCAGCUAUUGCUACUUAUUGGGGACAGAAUUCAAAAAACGGACAUAACACACAAAAAGCUCUGGCUGAAUAUUGCGAUGAUUCUGCUGAUAUUAUUCUUCUGUCCUUCAUUCUUGAUUUCAAAGAUGGAGGUCUUCCUGAACUCAAUUUAGCUGAUACAUGUUGGAAUUUCUUCAAAGGCACCAACCUAUUGCAUUGUCCCGAUGUCGGAAAAGAUAUUAAGGCAUGUCAAGGAAAGGGUAAAACCGUUCUACUAUCCAUUGGUGGCGAUAGUGGUGGCUAUGGUUUUGCCAACGAUGAAGAUGCUAAAGCUUUCGCUGAUACUCUCUGGAAUCUGUUUGGCGGCGGCUCUCAUAAAACGCGCCCCUUUGAUGAUGCUAUUGUCGAUGGAUUCGACCUCGACAUCGAAGGUGGUGGACCUACCGGUUACGUUGCUAUGGUGAACCAACUUCGUAAGCAUUUUGAAAAGGAUAAAUCAAAGAAAUACUACAUGACGGCUACUCCACAAUGUCCUUAUCCAGAUGAAAUGUUGGGUGAUGUCAUUAACGAAGCCAAAUUUGAUGCUGUCAAUGUUCAGUUCUAUAACAACUACUGUUCUGCUACCAGUAGCAGCUUCAAUUUUGAUACUUGGGAUGACUGGGCAAAGAAAAGUUCGCCCAAUAAAGAUGUCAAGGUUCUGAUGGGUAUUCCUGGUUCAAAGGAUUCUGCUGGGAGUGGUUAUGUCAAGUUAGACAAGCUUAAACCAAUUGUCAAAGAUGUCUAUGAAAAGUAUUCAAGCUUUGCAGGUGUGAUGAUUUGGGAUGCUUCCACUUCUUAUACCAACACUGACGUCAAACCUGAUUAUCAUAUGGCGGUUGCUAAUUUGGUGCAUGGGCUUUCUGAUGCCUCCAAGAACUCUUCAAUCACAGACACGGUGGAUAAAUGUUCUCGAAACAGCAAGCAUCCUAAAACUAGUAAGUCUAGCAGAUCCAGCAAGCCCGUCAAGACUACUAGAUCGGUUAAUCCCGCGUAUAAGACGCCCAAGAGCACCAAGACUACCAAGACCCGCAAAACUGACAAGACCAAGCCUACUCAGAAGACUAAAAAGACGACUAAGCAUAAAUCCUCCAAGAAGACCAAGACUUCCAAAAACAAAACAACAAUAACGAAACAUAAUUCCAAGCAUAAUAAUGAUGAUGAUGACGAAAAUUGUGAAUGGGAAGGCCACGACAGUCAAAGCUCCAAGGACAAUGUUACUGAGCACAACAGUGACGACGAAGAAUGUGAUUUGGACGACAAAGAUCAAUCUUCCAACAAUAAGAAAUCGACCAGUGACUCUUCCACUUCUGAAAAUUCCUAUGAUUCACGAGCCCUUGCCUCGAAGUGUGUUAGACAAGGUGACUCGUGCCCUACAGAUGGUGCUGUUACUUGUUCGGGCGAUUUCUUUGCCAAGUGUGAUCAUGGUGCUUGGGUCCUUACUAAAUGUCCUCCAACUCUCACUUGUUUCACAACCACUGACGGCUUUUCCGCUUACUGUGGUGAAGGUACUAGCGCUAACACUUGCCGUGCUUCCGGAUCUAAGAAAGCUGUUGCUUCUGGCUCCAAGACUUCUGAAACCGGCGACAGUGAUGAUGAAAAUACUCCUCUUACUCAUGAAGGCCCCGUUGCCAAGGCUUAUAAGUCUGAUGAUGUUAUUUCUCAAUUCUCCGUUUCAGAAAUUGACAGCGACAGCUUCAAGGCUCUUAUUAAUGCUCGUCGUCUCAACAGCACGCCCUUCAACUCUACCAUCAUACUUGAGUUCAAAGUGGCUGACAAUAUCAAGGUUACCAACGUGGUCGAUGGCAAGGUAUCUCAAAAAGGUAAUAAAGUGAGAAUAACUUACAAUAAUUCUGAAGGAAAGGCAAUGGCUGUCUAUAUAAUUAUUGAGGGUGAAAUUACAUCCGGUGUCUUCCAAGCACCAGUUUCGGAAAGCUUGAAAUUCAUCUCUUAAGGCAUAUCCUUUUGAAAUGAUGGUUUGCUUGACUAAGACUGUAUCAAAAAUUCAACCAUUUUUUUUUAUAUAUAUUCCCUCUAACAUAUUCUCGGCUGGUUACGAGAUAUUUUUCUAUUUCCCAUCAGACUAUAUUCUAUAUCCCCAUAUACACCUUUUGCCACUUGCAAAAAAGAAAAAAAAAUUAAAGUGUCCACGCUUUUAAAUAAAACAAUGUCGUAUGCUUUUAGAAAAGAGUAUC